GUAGUUCCUGUUUCCCGAGUCUUUGUUUAAUACUGAGACAGAGAGGAGGACAUGAAGCCAGUCUGCUCUCUGUAAGUGUUUCUGCCGUUCACACAUCCACCAGCAUGAGUUUACAACAGCGAUGCUUAUACACUCACAGCUUGGUCUCGGUCGUGACCUUGCUGCUGUUAACAGUUACAUCUGGUGACAGUGAUGCAGUGCAGAACAUCACGGCUGUUUUGGGUCACAGCGUUACAUUCAGAUGUCCUUCAAAACACAGCACUCCUGUAGAAGGCUUGUUCAUACAGAGAGUUAAAAAUGAUAAACCAGACGAGUUGAUCAACGGGUUUUAUAAAGGCCAACCGAUGGAUGUGUGGUCUGAGUACAAGGACAGAACCAAAAUGAAUGAAAUGGAGCUCAGCAUGGAGAUGAGAAACAUCUCUGUCUCUGAUGAAGGAUUGUAUCAAUGUGUUGUUUUCAUUAACAGCACACCUGAAAUCUCAGAGAUUCUCCUCGAAGUCACAGCUGAGUACAGCGUUCCAACAAUCAUGAAAGACUGCAGUAAACCGGGUGAUGGCGGCGCAGGAAAGAGCUGUCAGUUAAGCUGCUCGGUGGUGGGUGGAUACCCACAGAGCACCGUCAGGUGGACGGGGCUUAAUCAAAGUCUGACUAACGUCAUUUACAACCGGAGUUCAGCAGAUAACGAGUCCAAAACAUGGACCAUCAACCAAACCAUCACGCACAACUGUGACCAGCCUGCUAAUAUCAGCUGUGCCGUAGGGGGCGCUGUUUCCCACACCAUCACCAUAUGUGAAACAGAAUCCUUCCCAUCUGUGGUGAUUGCAGCUAUCGCCGUCGUGCUUGUGUUUUUCCUGUUACUUAUUUCUGUCGUGGUGAUGAAGUACUACUUUUGUGGACGACAAACCUCAGAGCGUGGAUAUGAGGAAGCUGACUUUGACGUUUCUUUAGCCGACUGCCAUUCACAGCUCCAGCAUCUGAAAGAGGGUGACGAAACACUCAGGAGAUUUGCGCCAUUCUGUUAAGUGGAAGUGCUUUAGCACAGAUGGACAAAUACGGCAUAUGUCCAGCUAAACACUGUCUUUAAAGUGGCUUGACUUCUGUAUAGAGGCCGGGCCUGACAGACGGAGCAAUGCUGGACUGUCCUGGCACAUUUGAAGCUGAUUUAUUUGAAGCUUUAUUUUUUAAAGUGAUAGGUGACACAAAACUUAUUGAAAGUCUUCUCUUUUUAAGAGUGUAUGUGUCAUUUUCAGGUUUAACUUAUAAUCUGGCAAAAUUUAAAAAAUGUAUAUGUCUGUAUGAUGUAUCUCAAUGAGAUGUAAAUUGUUUUAAAAGUGAUUUUAUAAUGUUUAAGCAUGAAUCCAUAAGUAAGUCUAUGAGCAGUACUGUUUUAGAGUUUAAUAAGCCCAUUAGUGGUUAUAAAUUGCAACACAGUUUUUAACCUUUAUACCUAUUAUAGUGUUUUUUUUUUUUACACAAUCUCUCUUUAAUUUAAAAUGAUGCAUUAUUUUACACAGUUUUGAGAAUUUAUGAGCUUUCUCUUAGUAUUAAUAGGGUUUUGGGUACACAAUUUAAAGCAUUUCUUAAAAUGACUGGUUUAUAUUUGUCCAAAAGCAAAGGUUCAACAUUUGUUUUUUUUGUUGUUGUUGUUUUUUUUAUAUAAUAAUUGACCUAGAGUGCCUAGAGAAUAGUACUGGACUGAUGUUUUUUAUUUAUUUAUUUUGAGUUAAAAACUUAAAAUUUGUUCACAAAAGAAGUUUUUUUUUAUAUAAUCUCAAAUACUUAAAGAACAGUUUGAUUGACAGCAGUGAAACUAGAGGCAUAGUUGUUUACAAUAUGAGGAGAUAUGUCAUAAGAUAUCCAGACCCAGUGUUUGUGUGAAUAUAUAAGCACUUUUCUUUUUUGCAAUUUAUCACAGAAAUAUUGUGUUUUUGAAACCUUUGUGAUUGUUAUAGCGCCACCUAUGGUCCGAUCUUGAUGAAACUUUGCAUGAUUGUUAAGAGAAAUCUGACACAUGAUUUCACUAAGUUUCGUAAAGUUUUGAGUUUUUUUUUUUUUUACGUUUUGAGUUUUAGGUUUUAUAGGCUUUUAGUUUGUGUAUGUGGCUUUAUGUUAACUUUCUAUUUUUAUAAGUUUUACUACAAAGUGCCAAAAAUCUAACUUGACAGACGGCUGUGAGCUGAACUACUAAAUCCAUCUAUAUUAUAAUAUAAUCAAAUUAAAUGUUAAAACUAAAUGAUGUAUUAGAAAUGAAGAUAUGCUUCAAAUAUGUUUUUUUUUUCUCACAAAAAACAAGUGAAAAUGAUCGGCCAAAUUAAAGGUCAUCAUGGCCAAGUUUUGGAAAUUUUUCUCAGUUUGACGCAAUCAAGUACCAGUUUUUCUUUUGUUUCACAUUAUGACAGUGAACGGUUUGCAAAUGCCUCUUCAUGUUGACUUUAUUUCAAAAGGAGCAUAUUUUCUGGAGGUUAUGUUUUCAAACCUCAGACAACCGUCACCACAACUAACUGUUUAGUGUUUUAAAAUGUUACUUUAUUGCUUAUUAUUAUAUAAAGAAAGAAAACAAAUCAUCUGAUCAUUCUUAAUGGGAUGCAAAGCAUCUAAAAAUAAUGGCCAUUGCAUUGCAUGUCACAGCAAAAGUCUGAUGCGUGCAUCUGUAGUGCUUCAAAUGACCUGUAGGGAGCAGCAUCAUAUUAGAAACGGGCUGAUGUGACUUUAAACAUUUUGGAAAAUAUUUUAAUCCACAAUCAUUAGACAAAAACAGGUAUUUAUUCUAAACUUACCAUUUAACUGACUGUGCAACUGCUUUUGCCCAUGAACAUGUGAUCAAUUAAAGUUCCCAUAUUGAUAAUG